CAUGUCGUUCUUAAGCAAAUCAGGAGAUCUAACCUCGUUUGUGCGCGAUAUACAAAUCGCCGCAAGUAAAUAUAGCCGAGAAAAACCGUCCUGCUUGUUGACAUGCGCUGUUUUGGAUGUAACAUUGGUGUUAACGUAACAGUGUCGUGAAUUAGUGUCGUACCUCAGCGUAAUGGUGUUCGUCACUUAAUUUGAACGAAUUAUUUGAGGGAGAUGUUAGAAGGCUUAGUCGCUUGGGUGUUAAACACCUACCUGGGUAAAUACGUUGAGAAUCUGAACACAGAUCAACUUAGCAUUGCACUAUUGCAAGGAGAAGUUGAAUUGGAGAAUCUUCCGCUAAGGAAAGAUGCAUUACGUCAAGUUGGGCUUCCAAUACAGAUACGAAGUGGUUUUAUUGGAAAAGUGAAACUCCAAAUACCUGUGCGUCAAAUUAGAAGUGCACCAUGGGUUGUCAUUAUUGAAAGGCUGUAUGUCAUAGCAGGACCAUUGACACUUAAUGAGUGGAAUAAAGAAGCAGAAGAAAAUGCUGAUCAGGAAUAUAAAUUGUAUCUCCUGGAUGCAAUGGAAGCAAGAUGGCGUGCAGAAACUGAAACACCGCAGGAAGGUUCUUAUUCUUCGUGGUUCAGUUAUGGCACUGGUCUCGUGACAAAUAUUGUAGAAAAUUUGCAGUUAAGAAUAAAGGAUGUUCAUGUGCGCUAUGAGGAUGAUGUAACUGUACCUGGAGAGAUGUUUGUAUGUGGUGUGACUAUUGACUCACUGACUGCUCAAAGCUGCGAUGAUAAAUGGAUACCACGAUUCACAAAUUGGGAGGCAAGAGGCACCAGUUUCAAACUUGUGGAGCUGAACACACUUGCUCUGUAUUGGGACACUGUAAAUACAUUGCUGGGGAAUUUACCUUUAGACGAACUGGCUGUAAAAAUGUCGAAAUCAUCUACAUGGGAGCACCAUUUUUUGAUGUCUCCCGUGAGCGCACAGGCACAUAUUAAACGGAACAGGAGUGAACAACCGCUACGUUCAAAGACACAGCCACGUAUUGUGUGUGAUCUGCAGCUAGAUGAGGUCCCGUUAACUCUGGUGGAUUGGCAGUAUGCACAGAUGGUAGGCUGCAUAAAAGGCCUUAACAAAGUAGGAAAACUGUUCAGACGGCAACGUUGGCGCCCAACGGAGCAGCCGUCAGUCUGUCCUCGGCAGUGGUGGCUGUAUGCUGCUCGCUGCCAUGACUUGCUCUUGCCAGAUACACCCUUGACAGGUAGUGCAGGUUGGCAGCAAGCACUUUCACGUGCCAAAGAUAAUGUGCAGUAUGUAAAACUGUAUUCCCAUAGUCUGGCCAACCCGGGUGCGGCCCCAUUAGACAAGCAGCUGCGCACCCGCAUAGAAACUGAACGAAGCUUGGAUGAACUACGGAUUCUUCGUGAGAUAGCAAUGAAACGAGUGCGUCCCCCUCAAGUUCCAGCUGCUGCGCCGCAAACGGGUUCGGGCCGUAGUGUGCUGAUGCAGUGGUUUCCCCAGUGGUGGUAUACCAGCCCAUCUACAUCAGCUUCUACUUCUACAUCCUCCCAGCAGCAGACGGAACAGAAUCCGAUAGAAGAUCAGUUACUUGACGCAUUAGCAGACACACUAGAAAAUAACACUUUGCUACGCCGUGAUGUUGUAUUUGGACAGUGCAAUUUCACAUUGAAGUGGGGUACUUUCAACUUGUGCACAAGUACUGAAGAUCGGAAGAAGACACCAUUCAUUGAGCUGCAGUUUGAGAAUGUAAAACUUGAUUUUGAAUCACGGCCACGAACUGGAUCGCAUCGUUUCGAUAUUGAACUUGGGGCCAUAUACUUACGUGAUCAGCUGACACAAGACUCAGUGUUUCCUGUGUUAAUUGCACCUCAGAAUCGUCCUGAUUCUGCAUCAGCCCUUCCUCGACCAGGGCCAGGUGGACGAACGCCUGCAUCUGGUAUCCAGAGAUUUCUACUUAAUACACGUGCAGCAACAGCAGGAGCUGGACCAUCAGAAGAACCUCUUUUCUCACUUAGUUACGAGUACAAGCCUUUUGUUCCUGGAACUGACUGCAGGUUACAUAUCCAGUCACAGUCUCUUGACAUUGUGUAUAACCCUGCUGCAGUGAAGUCUUUGGUAGACUUCUUCACAAGGCCACAUAAAAAACCAGAUGCGGAGUUGAGGCUUGCUGCUCGCCAUCAUUAUGAAGCAAUGAAAAAGAAAACAAAAGAAGAACUUUUACGGAACUGGGAACAAAUGCUUGAAGGAGAAGUAAUUGAUCGCAAAGUGUGGGAUAUUGAGCUGAACAUCUCUGCCCCACAAAUUAUAUUCUUGGAACAUUUCUGUGACAAAAAUGCGCUCAUGAUUGUUGUGGACUUUGGCAAAUUCCACUUCAGUAAUAGAGCUGACCUGCCAAGAGCAAGCAUUAAUGCCAGCCAGAACAAAGAAAGUGAUGAAGAAGACGAAUUUCAGACACCUUGUUCCACACCACCAGGAAGUCAGACAAGUGAACCUGAGCUUUCACAGAUGCCUUCCCUAGUGUUGCACCCUCCAUCCAGAAAUGAGGACUUAUCUGAAAUCUCUCUCCAUCAAAAAUUGUAUGACAGGUAUCGCAUGGAACUUGGUGAUCUUCAGAUUCUUGUAGGAAGAGUCCGUGAUAACUGGAAAUAUGCACAUCUUAAGGGCACUUCCACUCUACAUCUUUUAGACCGAUUUAACAUAGCUAUUAUGCUGGAAAGACGACGAGUGUUUACAGUUGAUCCGAAUUUUCCAAAUUUGGCAUUAUCUGCAACAUUGCCUCGACUUGUAGUACAUAUGAAUGAGAACAAAGUCCAGGCAAUAAAGACAGUCAUGUCUACAGUUGCUGGAGGUGGUUUACUACCUUCCCCUUUCAGAUCUCAAAUGACACCAACAAGUGAUAUGAAAGGAGAGAUACUACGAGAGGCGGAAGUUGGGGGCUCUAGUGACCUUUUAUCAGAGAAAACUCAGCGAGAAGUGUCCCGUCUGCUGAUGUUACAAUUUACUGUGGAACACCUUUCAAUUGAGGUCCAGUCCAGAGGCCGUAGCAUAGCUGAGCUGCAGGUCUCAGGAGUGCGGGCAUCAUUCACGAAGCGUCCAUUUGAUACCAGCAUGUCGCUCAGUGUUCACAGUCUACUGUUGGCUGAUGCAUUACAGACAUUUGGCCCAGACUUUGAGCUGCUUGUUGCAAGUCAUAAGCAUGUUGGAAUGGACAGUGUAAGCGGUAGCCUGCGGGACAGUGAACCUACAUCUCCAACUUCGCCAGGUUCACCUGAUCCCACAGCUCCUCGUUCAUUCAAAGCGACAUCGCCCAUCGCACUUACUCAGGCAUUAUCUAGCCUCCAGUUAGACCCUCUAGCUUCAUUACGAGCUGCUUCACCUACGUAUGGUGUGCCAUCAUCCCCACCUCAUAUCACUUCCCCACCACUACCUGCAAGGCCACCAUCCAUCACUAUGGAGCCGUUGGAUGCAGAAGCACUCAUUACUGUUGAAAUUCUGCUUGUUAGUGCCAGUUGUCCAUCCAAUGAAGGCAGUGGAGAAGGACUUCAAGUUGCUUCUAUCCAGUUUAAUAACCUGGAUAUAAUAGCUAACCAAGAGACGAUAGUUGAACUUCUGGGCUUCAUGCAAACUAUCUUUCCGCAAUUUAAUGGAGGGAGUGGAAGAACUCGAACUGGAAUUCCAGCUCCUUCUCCUGAACCCAUAGAGGAAAGUGAAGGACCAAACUGGGAACCAACACGAACAGAGGUGACCUUUGACUUCCAUAGGUUGAAUGUGCUGCUCUUACGUGCUGUUGUAAGGGAUGGAACUAUUGUAGGUCGUAAAAUUGCCACUGCUACAAUGUCACAGGCAAAAAUACUGGCUACAGUCGGGAAUGAUGUUGUUAUUCAUGGAUCUCUUGGUGGACUGCAGUUGUUGGAUUUGACACCAGAAGGUCAUCUUCACCCACGCAUCUUAUCACUUGGAAAAGACCCACUUGGAGAGCGUGAUUCUUUAGCAGGAUUGGCUGCUGACCUCUAUAGCUUUGGGCAACACCACAACCAGGUUACUGAUGCACUGAGUUUUAGUGUGUGCAGACCUCUGAAUCGUCACACAUCACUAACAGAAGGUUUGAAAUGGCCAGAAAUAAAGAUCCGUAUGGCGUCUGUAUGGUAUACACACUCACCUCAAAUUGUGGCAGAAUUGCAGUGUUGUGUUGCAGAGUUUCAGCAGUAUCUCACAAAUUUGGCUCGAUCUAUAAAAUCAGCUGCUACAGAAAUGGCAAUAGGGCUGGUUCAAGCUCGGACAGAGCUACUAGCUCAGACUUUUUAUACAAACAACAAGUUGUCCACGUCACUUACUGCCAUUGGUUCAGAGACACCUUCUCCAAAACGAAGAGGUCAGAGCAGUGUCUCACAAUCUGCAGCUGAUCUGAUGGAUAGUGUAACAAGUACACAGACACCAUACAGUCCCAGUGAGGAUGGAAUUCUAGAUCAGGUCAUCAAUAUAAAACUGGACAUUGUACUGGACUCCCCAGUUGUUGUACUGCCACGCUGUGCUUCCAGCUAUGAAGUUUUUGUUGCACACCUGGGUAAAAUGUCACUAAACAACAGCUGGCCAAGUGAGUCUGAAGACAUAUGGAUAAGGCGUGAAUACUACAACAUAGACAUCAAAGAUAUUAAUGUGUUUUCUCUGGAUACGAUACGCAGGGGCACACGAGAUCUUCACUUGAACCCUGACUGUCCUCCAAUGCGUGCAGAGAAACUGUAUUCUUGUUUGGAGGAGGGCAAGCCAAUUCUUCAUGACACAGCUUUGCGUCUUCUGGUGGAAAGGCACUGUGGGCUAAUGAGACAGCAAACUGAUAACCUGCUGCUUGGCGCAGAGACUCCUCCUGAAUUUCAAGAAGUGGAAUUACAUGACUUGAUGCAGGUAACUGGGACUGUUGUUACACAGUUAAAAAUUUCACUUUCUCGUCAGCAAUAUGAACAAUUAUUGGAAACUGUAUCAACUCUGGUAACACCUCCAUUACUGGAACCAUCCCCUACAGCAACUAGCCGCAGGUUAGCUGAUAUUGCAGAAGAGGAGACAUCUGGUAUAUCCACUCUCAGGUUAGAAGAAUCAUUGCAUACUCAUGCAGUGGACUCAUCAGGGCAACUUUCUGGGCACAAGCAUCCCCUUACUUUGAAAGUGUCCUUUGAUCUUCCAGUAUUCAUAGCAGAGUUGAAAGGUGAUUUUGGAAGAGGAGAACAAGGCCUAGUAGAUUUGUCUAUAAGAGACUUCAGUGUUCAGUUUGAUAGAUCUCAUCGUUAUGAAACCAACAUACAGAUGUGCCUGCGAUCUCUGUUGAUGGAGGAUUUGAUGAAGGAACCUGGAGACAAACAUCGUUGUAUAGUUGUGUCAUCUGCACAGAGCGAUGGUCAGUAUGUGCAACCGCCUUCAUUUGUCUCCAAGUCAUGUCCAAAUCUUGCUGCUACAUUAGCAGUACAGCCACCUCCGGAGGUCAGAGGAUCACUUCCAUGUCACCUGGGGACUGGUUUCAGAAGACCAGCAAAUAUUACAGCUUCAGGUAGAGCGCUCCAGAAAACAAAGACUGUGGAAUACCCAUGCACACCACCACCAUCUCCACGUGCACACGGAUCACCUCAACGAAUGUUCCGGGAAGAUAACCUCAUGCACAUAAAUGUUGUACUUGUAGAUACAAAAGCACCGAAUUUUGCUUCAUUUUAUAAUUCUGUACAACGUUCAGUGACAGUAGAUUUCAAUUCCCUGGAUAUUGUGGCCAACAUUGAGUCUUGGGUUGUUGUAUUUGACUUCUUCAGCAUUGGCUCUGGAAUGCCAUCAAUAUCAAGAACAGUCUCACCCGAGGGGUCAUCAGAAGCAACAGUGAAGGAACCAGAUACUAUUAAUUCAGACUUGGAGGUGGAUGUAAGAUCUGUGACGUUAGUGUUAAACCUUCCAGCACAUGAGGUUGCUUGUGCUAAUAUCUCCAACUUGCACACUACUGUCCGCUCUCGAGGCCAAGAUACUUAUGUGGAUGGCCGCUUGGGAAGUAUGUCCCUUUUGGACGUAUCCCCACAUAGUCAUCUUUACAGGGAGCGAUUUAUUUCAUCAGGCCAUGAAGCUCUUAAUUUCACUUACUUUAGCUAUGGGCAGCAAGAUGUGUCACUGCAGCGCGAGUAUGAUUCUCAUUUGAAAUUGGAAAUGUCAACAGUUCUAUACAUCCAUACAAAGAGAUUUGUUGCUGAAAUACAGGCAUUUUUCCAUCAUUUCUCACAGUUGCGUGGUGUCAUGGCCAGUAUUCGAGCUGCUACAACUGGUAGAGAGAUACCGAAAUCAUUGACACAUGCACCACGCAUGCUUCUGGAAUUGCAUGCAGGCUCUCCAGUUAUCAUGCUGCCAGUCAGUUCACUCUCAUCAGACAUCCUAGUAGCAGAUUUGGGCAGGCUUACCGUGAGCAACAGUUUUAAGAUGUAUGGGUCACCUGGGACUAUAAGAGUACCUUCUCGACAGGAAAUAUCACCAGAUGCAUCACCACCAGAAAUGUGUUUACUGGAUGUAAUGGAAGUUGAACUGAUGAACAUGGACCUGUAUCCUGGACAAUGGAAAGUGAUGUGUUUGGAUGACCAGUCUCCUCCUGCAGGCAGCCUCAUGUUGGGAAUGUCAGCUUAUGUCAUGCGAGCAGGGCCAUCACUUUUACAAGAGAAAUGUCAACUGCACCUGCAGGUUGAUCGGAACCUCAACUAUCAGAAGCAUUUGUGGAUACCGGACAUGAGUGUUAAUGGAAAAUUAUCAGCAGUACAUGCUGCAGUAGAUUUGGCUCAGUACAAAUUGAUUCGUGGUCUUCUCACUUACAAUAUUGGAGAAAAUGUAGAGGACCUUCUGGUUUAUUACUCAAGCAGUCCUGAUGCAUCAAGAUCAUAUUCCCUGGAAGGAGACAGAACUCUGCUUUCUAUUCUGUUGGAGCUGGAGAAUGUAACUCUUCAACUGCAAAGGCAACAGGGCAUUCCUUUAGCCGGAAUAAAUUUCAUUAGGUCUAGAUUACUGCUGGAACUGAUGAAUGAUGGCUCACAAGACAUUGACCUUGCAUCUCAGGAGAUACUUCUUAUUGACACACGUUUCCAAGCUGAACCAGUGAACAAGAGAUCUAAUGUGUUCACCAACAUUCUUCAACCUAUGAAAACUGCUCAUGCUGACAAAGAAGUACAAGCUGAAGUCCAUCAUAGGAGGAGACAGGAUAGUGCGAUGUUCACAAUUCUGCUGAAGGACAUGCGCCUCAUGGCAAUUCUAGACUGGUGGGAAGCUGUUAGGAAUUUCAUAAUUGAGAAUGCAGACGUACCCAGGGGAGAAAAUGAAACAAUACAGAAAUCAGGAGCAAAUAGCACAGCUGGAGCUCUACCAGGCAGUAACACAGUUCCAGCAUUUGAACUAAAGAUGAAUAUAACAAACUGUGAAAUAGUGCUAGUGGAAAAUGCAGCUCAAUGGGACUCCAGUGCUGUUAUACUGAAAAGUAACUCUGUUGUUGUUUAUCGCCCACAAAUAGAGGAGAAACCUCUCUCUUGUGAACUAAAUAAUUGCGAACUUUUUAGCUGUGUAUUGGACAUGGAAGAUGACACAGCAUUGUCAAUAAUAGAUCCUGUUCACAUCAGCAUAGAAAUAGCUCGCCAUGCAUCAAAUGACAGUGUGCUGGAGAUAAUAUCAAAGGAUCUAACUAUAAGAUUGUCAUAUCAUGAUAUGCGCAUGUUCCUUCAAAUCCUAAAUAGCUUACCAAAACAGACCCCAUGGGCCAAGGCUCAAGACUCUCACAGCACCAAGAGCAACCAGCCUGCAAACAUAAGAUAUCAAGUAAACAAACUAGUGAAUAUUGGAUUCAAAGCCGAGGACUGUCUUCGUGCCCUGGAAUUUUGCCAUGGUGAUAUAGAUGAUGCAGCUAUUUGGCUUACACAGAAUGCUGUUCCAGAUUGCAGAGAGAAUUCUGACAGUUUGUCAGAUAGACACACAGCUUUGGGUUUUGAAGCAAUCACAGUGGAGACCACAUGCCUACGUUUGGUGAUAAUAGAUGACUGCAGAGAUGCUGAUGUCCCAUUAUUUGAACUGACAUUUCUGCAGUUGCAACUGAAACAGGAACUUGGUGGUGCUGGAAACUCCUCUUUCUGUCUAUGUGGUGAUUAUUACAACAGGCUCUUGUCUGGAUGGGAGCCUUUCCUUGAACCAUGGGGGUGUCAGUUAACAUGGAAUCACACUCCAUCAUCACCCUCCUCACCAAGUCCGUUAGAAAACAGAUUAAAUGUGAACAUAACUUCAGUAGAUAUCUUGAAUGUAAAUAUUACCAGUACUAUUGUAGACUUGUUCAAGACUGUUAAAGAAAAUUGGAUGCUAGAUUAUGGGAGUACGUCACAAGACAGAGUUGACUUUUAUUCCAAGAAUAGCCCAGCUGGUUACAGACGCCGCUCUCCUUUUGUACCAUAUGCUCUACACAACAAGACAGGCUCGACUCUGUGGUUCCAUACUCAUGUCACGGAUAUAGAGAACAUGUCCGAAGGCCAGACCAUGCACACAGAACAACACGAGAAAUGGAUUGAAGUUCCACCUGAAGCAACAGUGCCCUUCACCUAUGAAGACAGAGGAAAAAUUCGCCAUAGAGACACACACAAACAUACUAUUCAUCAGCUUCUAGUGAAGGUUAAUGGCUGGAAAUGUACACUUCCUGUUUCUGUUGAUAAAGUAGGGGUAUACUUUCGACAAGCAGUGCCUGAAAACCAGAAUCCUUAUCUCUCGUACUUGGAUGUACCAGAGGCCAGGAUUGUGUUUGAAGUAACAUUAGAAGGGUCUGCCAAGAAAUUAGUGACUGUGAGGUCAGCUCUAGUGUUAUCAAACAAGCUUCAUGAAGCAGUCGAGGUGAAGCUAGAAAACAGUUCACUGGAACCAGGAGAAGCUGUGAAGUUUUUGCGAGUACCUGCAUCUACUGCCAUGCCUAUACCUCUCGCUCAUGUCAUGUCACAGCUUUGGAUACGUCCUGUUGAUCAACGUUACUUAUAUUGCACUCGUCCAAUCAUAUGGAAUCAUGUUAGCAAACCAGGGGAAGUUGUUACAGAACAUCGGCAGUGUCUCAGUAGCAGAGAUCUUUGUUACAGAUUUUGUGUGGCAGUGCAUCGGGACAAUUAUCCUGUUGAAAAACCACUGGCAAGAAGUACAUGGUUGCAACCAGGGCAUACUAUAACAUUGUUCAGCCCUCUCUGCAUAACGAACUUACUGCCAUAUGACCUUCACUUCAGUGUGUCAAAAGACCAAAAAUUUGAGGGACAUGUUCGUCCAGCAGAGUCGUUUAGUUUACAUCAGGUAGACACAGAGGCUGCAGUGGAAAUAAAUUUCAGGUUGGAAAAUUUUCCAGGAAUUGGUACAUUGAUAAUUCCAUCAGGAAGUAGCUCUUUUAGUGGACGUGUUCGGGUUCAGGACCUCCAAGGGCGAAGACUGUAUCUUCAGAUUUCAGUGAAUGUACGAAGAGGUACAGGAUACAAGGUUUCUGUAUCAGUACCUUUCUGGAUCUACAAUAGAACUGGUCUCCCUCUAGUAUUUCGACAGGAAGGAGUUGCAACAGACACAGCUGGGCAAUUUGAUGAGCAUGAAAUGGCACGCAUGGUGGCACCACUUAUGUUUUCCUUUGCAGAUCAUGAAACUACUCCAACAGUUGUUGCAAGGAUUGGCAAUAAAGUGCACCCAGAAGGAAUUCCACAUUGGUGCAAUCACUUCCACCUUCAGAAAGGCCUACAAGUGCGCAGACUGAGAGUUGCUCUGAGAAGCAACAGCCCAGAUCUUGUGUAUUUAAUUGGUAUCGAAGUUCGCCCUGGUCGUGGCCGUCACAGAGUUACACACAUAGUUACUUUAUCUCCAAGAUACCAACUUCACAAUAUGUCAAGUCAUCAUCUCCUUUUUGCCCAAAAAUGCUUCACAGGUGGUACGACUGAUCCUGGAGCUGAAGCAACUUACCUGAGGACUGUGCCUGAUUGCAAUUUAGCAUGGCAUUGGCCUCGGCUCGACAAGGACCAGUUACUUUGUGUUCGUUUACCUAAUGUUUCCGGCUCUUUGUGGUCUGGAGGAUUCCAGAUAGAUAUCAGUUAUUCUCUGCAUGUAAAUAUAAGAGAUGUAAGCAGUAAAAUGUACCUGCUACGUGUGGAAAUAGUUUUGAAAGGUGCCACAUACUGUGUUGUAUUCACAGAUGCUGAUACAAUGCCUCCACCAAUACGCAUUGACAAUUUGUCAGAGGUAUCCAUGCAGUUUUAUCAGAGUUGCAUCAGUGACGAAAUCCUGCAGACUGUAGUGAGACCAAGAUCAUGUAUUGCUUAUGCUUGGGAUGAACCCACUCAGCCCCAUUACAUAAAUCUAGUUGCACCUGGAGGUGCAUCUUGUGUCUACGAAAUGGCAACUCUAGGACCUGGUCGAGGACUGACUUAUGAAAAUUUUAUAUACAUCGCAUUCACUGGCACCUUUGAGAAUGUUCACGGUGAUCCAUUAGAUGUCAGAGGCCAGCAGCUUGUUCUGGAGGUGUUACCUGGAAGUAACCGUGUUACGUUAGCUCAAAAAGAGCAUGGAGUAAGAUCUCAGCUUUGGCGGAUGUCAAGUGAGGGCUUGCUGCAGCAUGAAGGAAGCUCACCACCACAUGAUCAAUCUGGCAGUGGUGGUCUUGUCUUAGAUAUAGCUGGACCAGCUCCUCAGCCACUCCAAUAUGUCCCUCUAGUGUUACGACGUCCAGAUGCCCGCCGUCAGUCUACGCAAACGUGGAGAUUUACUGCUGAAGGACGUCUCUGCUGUGCUCAUUAUAACAUGUGUGUUCAAGCUAAGGAUGGCUUCUUUGGUUUACGGCAAGGAGGAUCCCGGUUAAGCUCUUCUUGGCAAAUGUGGAAUGAGGUUGUGCUGGGACCACCACAGCCAGUAUGUCAUCAGUUGACAGUUACAGGUAUACCUAUAGAGCAGGCUGUUGGCAGGCAAAAGUUGCGCCCAGGUUCUGGAUUUUUGGCAGUCAAUGUUCUCAUGGAUGGACCCACAACUGUCUUGCAAAUAAGUGAUCUGAAGGAGAAGCAGUCAUAUCACAUUCUUCAUGCUGAUGCUCACAAUUACAGAGUAAUGACUAUUAAACAUGGUGCUACAUCCACUGAUGGACGAGUUAGUCAUAAUGACUCAAAAGAGAUGCAGGUAAAAAUCAGUUUACCAGCUGGUCUUGGGCUGAGCCUCGUAUCACAGCAUACACCAGCAGAAGAGUUACUGUAUUUGACACUUAAAGAAAUAGACUUGAAGGUAUUAUGGUCAGACCAAGAAACAUCAAUGUAUUUACGUGUACGUGAUGUACAGUGUGACAAUCAGUUGGUGGAAGCACAGUGUGCUGUGCCGCUCUAUGUGACUCAGUCUCGAUCAAACCAUGGAGAAACAUCAAGCGGAAAUUUUGCUUUGGAGAUUAUGAUUGAACAACAAGCAAGUUCUAGUACUAAUGCUGAAAUAUAUAAGCGAUUGAUGGUCUCUGUGAAGAACCUGUCUAUUACAAUAGAAGAAAGGCUUCUACUGAAACUUUUCCUAUUUGUGGGGUACAGCCAGUUGGAUGCUGACCAAGAAGCUAUGGAAGAAAGUGAUGUUGAGACUCAGAGAUUGAUCACUGAAGCCUCAUCAAUUAGUACAAAGCGCUAUUACUUUGGAAGUUUACGUCUUGAGCCCAGCCAGAUUCGGUUGAGUGUAUUGACAUCUAACAAGUUGGCUCCUGAACUGCGCACUAUCAAGCGUAAACUUGGACUGAAGCUAAUUAAAUUUGAAGAUGCCGCAGUUGAUUUGGAGCCAUACUACAAAACCCAUCAGUUUGAGAGCAGUCUUUUCCUUGUUAAUUCUAUAAUCAAACAUUUCAAAGAGGAACUGAAGUGGCAGGCAGCUAUCAUCUUGGGAUCUGUCGAUUUUUUGGGAAACCCCCUUGGCCUUGUGAACGAUGUGUCUGAGGGGAUGUCUGGUCUUAUUUUUGAGGGCAAUGUUACUGCACUUCUGAGGAAUGUUACACAUGGCCUUUCCAAUUCAGCUGCUAAAGUCACUGGAUCUCUGUCUGAUGGCCUAGGUAGAGUCAUUCUGGAUGACAAACAUGAGGAGACCAGACAGCGGAUACGCAAAGUCAGAAACAGCAGUAGUGGUGAACAUUUGGUAGCUGGACUCAAAGGCCUAGGUUUUGGCCUACUUGGAGGUGUUACCAGUGUCUUUAAGCAGACAUAUGAAGGAGCUGCAAAUGAUGGCAUGCAGGGCUUCAUUUCUGGACUUGGUAAAGGACUUGUAGGAACAGUAACUAAACCUGUUGUUGGAGUUUUGGAUCUAGCUUCUGAAGCUGCAAGUGCUGUAAGAGAUUCCAGCCGAAGCUCAAUACGAAUAAAUCGCCAAAAAGUCCGUGAAACUCGUUGUGUCAUAGGUACAAGUGGUCUAUUGCCACCAUAUGACUCAAAACAAAGCACAGGAUUGCGAUAUCUUUAUGAUAUCAAUGAUAGAAAUUAUUCAGAACUAUUUAUUGCAUAUGAGUGUCUACGAAGUGGAGCAGAAGAUCUUCGUAUCUUGGUGUCCAGUGAGAUAAUUCGUGUAUUUACUUGUGGACCAGCUGCAGCCAGUCACAAUAUAGUUCUGGAAAUAAAUUUAGGUGACUUGUUUUUCUGCAAAGCAGUGCAAGAAAUGUCACUUAGCAGUGGCAGCCCCAUGUAUUAUAUUGAACUGACAGUCAGAGCUGAAGCUGCCAGUGAAAGGCUUGUGGUGCUGCAGGAGGCAGUCAAGAAGCCACGAGUUCGCUGUGAUGAUGAAAUUACAGCUAAACAGGUAUCACAUCACAUAAAUUAUGCAAAGGGAUUGUUUGAAGAGCGGCGGAACACACUUGUAUCUCUAGGUUAUGAUAUUUUAGAAGACUGAAUGUAUAGUACAUAAGUAAUGAUAUGGACCAUUCUAGGUGCUAAAUGCGCACAUCAGUGCACACUAUUCAAAGAACAAAAGUACCUGUUAUUUUUGUAAACCAUCUGUGUGGAAUUAUGUUGUGCUCAAAAGAUGUUAAUAAUCCUCAUUUUGUCCUACAAGUAUAACUCAUUUUUGUGAAUAUAUGUAUGCUGUAAAAAGUUAUUUUAUAUUUGUAACAAAAUUGUAUUCAUUUGCAUUAAAUAUAACUCUAUACAUGUAAGUGUUGUAAAAGGCUGUACAUGAUGAAACAAAAAAAGCAAUGAAAUGCACUAUGUAGAAUAAUUGCGAAGAGUGCAGUCUGGUCUAAUUUGUGCAUCUUUAUAAUAAAUGUUCCUAGGGGGCAGACAUGUUACCUAGUUUUGAUACAUUCUGUUUUCUGUGUAUAUUUUUUGCCUUUCCACUAAACUGCGAAUGUUGAUGGAAAAAUGCUAUAUAAAUGAUGCUAUAUCCAGCUUGUAUAUCAACAUUUUAUUUAUAUCACUGCUGUUAUUGACUCUUUUGUAGCUUUGUUUCAUGUUAACAUCUGAAAAUUGCUCGCAAUUCUGCCUUCAAAACAACUUUCAUGUUCAUUUCAUCACCACAGCAGUAUUUUAAUAUUUCAGAGUAGCUUUUUUGCAAAAUUUAGUGAAGGUAACCAUUAUUUAUAACAGGGUUUAAUAGAUAAACAUAUAUUUUUGAUAGUGUUGUAAAUUAAUAUUGUGUCACAUGUGUCAGAAUAGGUAACAUUCAAAUGUAAAACAUUUUAAUUUUGUGAUGUAUUAUGACCCACAGUACCUGCUGUUUUCCGUUAAGGAUGGCCUGUUAUCUUUCUCUCCUUGACUGGGAUCAGGCACUCAAAACUGUUGUAUUGUAAUUAAAAUAAAUGUUUCGCUAAUUUAGUUUAAUUUAUUUAGUAAGCUUUUCCAGCAGAUAAAUGGUUGUGUUGUAAGAGUGCUUUGUUUUUGUUGUGUAGUAAUCGGUGCUAAUAUGAACAAGUGUUCACAAUUCAUGAUGUGUACUUCGCAGUUUUGCACAUUGUAUUUUAUUUAUCUGUAGUAGCCUUAUUUAAUAAAUGUUAAUCAUAAUUUGUA